AUGGGAAGCGUUUUCUUACCGCAUUUACAUUCUGGCUGGCAUGUGGAUCAGGCAAUUGUCACAGAACAAGAACGGCUUGUUGUGGUGCGAUUUGGGAGAGAUUGGGACAAAGACUGCAUGUUGAUGGAUGAGGUGUUGUUCUCGAUCGCUGAAAAGGUUAGAAGGUUUGCGGUGAUCUACUUGUGUGAUAUUGAUGAAGUGAAAGACUUUAACGACAUGUACGAGUUGUAUGAUCCGAUGACAGUGAUGUUUUUCUAUAAAAACAAGCAUAUGAUGUGCGAUUUCGGUACGGGGAAUAAUAACAAGAUGAACUUCGUGGUGGAUAACAAACAGGAGAUGAUUGACAUACUAGAAACUGUAUUUCGUGGAGCCCGUAAAAAUAAGGGUUUAGUGGUCUCGCCGUAUGACUAUAACAGCAAACGGGUAUGA